UUGAGAGAGAGAGAAGUUACGAGUUCGAUCAGCAACAGACCGAAUGAGCGUGACAUCACCACCUGUCUAUUUUCUUUGUCUGUUUUUAUUCCCUUUUAAAAUUUAUAUGAAAAACACAUCCUCUUUCCCUAGUUUCUUUCACUCGCUCUCACUCUCACUCUCACUGUCGCUCUUGCUCUUCAUCUCCCAUUUUGCUCUAGGGCUUUUGUUUAUCUCUGGCAAAACCUAGCAGGAUCUUGCUCAUUUUCCAGGUGUUAAAAUGGAACCUCCGGAAGAGGCAGAGGCAUUGCCUCCACCUCCACCUGUGGUACCGGCUGAUGUAGUUCCCAUUCAACUAAAACCAGAACCAGACAAUGUUCCUGAGACAACUGAAAAGGCAAUAAAACCAAAACGUGUUCCAAUGUCCAGGCGUGGUAAUGGAUCUAGAGGACAAAGAAUAGAACUACUAACUAACCAUUUCAAAGUUGGUGUCAACUGUGAUGGUGGCCACUUCUCUCACUACAGUGUUGCGUUGUUUUAUGAGGAUGGUCGCCCUGUUGAUUCAAAGGGGAUUGGGAGAAAAGUUAUUGAUAAGGUUCGUGAGACUUAUGAUUCUGAUCUUGCUGGUAAGGACUUUGCUUAUGAUGGAGAGAAGAGCUUAUUUACUGUUGGUUCUCUUCCACGUAACAAAAUGGAAUUCACUGUUUUGCUUGACGAUGUCUCAUCAAAUAGGAUUAAUGGCAGUGGCAGUCCUGUUGGUAAUGGAAGUCCUAACGGAAGUGAGAAAAAGAGGAUGAAGCGGGUGUUCCAUUCUAAAACAUAUAAAGUGGAGAUAAGUUUUGCUGCCAAAAUCCCAAUGCAGGCUAUCAAAGCUGCUUUGCGUGGUCAAGAAUCAGAGAACUCCCAAGAAGCCAUCAGAGUCUUAGACAUUGUUCUGAGGCAGCAUGCAGCAAAACAAGGCUGUCUUCUUGUUCGUCAAUCAUUCUUUCAUGAUGAUUCGAGGAACUAUGUCGAUCUGGAUGGUGGUGUACUCGGAUGCAGGGGAUUUCAUUCAAGUUUUAGAGUCUCACAAGGCGGAUUAUCACUGAAUAUUGAUGGGUCAACUACAACAAUAAUACAGCCUGGGCCAUUAAUUGACUUUCUUCUAGCCAACCAACAUGUGUCAACUCCUUUUCAAAUUGAUUGGUCAAAGGCUAAACGUACCCUGAAAAAUUUGAGGAUAAGGGUAUCACCCACCAAUCAGGAGUACAGAAUCACUGGCUUGAGUGAGAAUCUUUGCAAGGACCAGAUAUUCUCAAUGAAAUCAAAAGGACUGAAUGAUGGAAAUUGCGAUGAUGGAAUGGUCGAUAUUACAGUUUAUGAAUAUUUCGUUAAUCAUCGUAAUAUAGACUUGCGCUACUCUGGUGAUUUGCCUUGCAUUAAUGUUGGAAGGCCUAAACGACCUACUUUCUUUCCUAUUGAGCUGUGUUCAUUGCUUCCGUUGCAACGCUAUACAAAGGCAUUAUCUGUUAUUCAGAGGUCAAAGUUGGUUGAAAGUUCACGUCAAAAGCCCCAGGAGAAGAUGAAGAUCUUGGCUGAUGUAAUGAAAAGCAACAACUAUGGUGCAGAUCCUAUAUUGCGCUCUUGUGGUAUUACUAUCAGCAGUCAGUUUACUCAACUGGAAGGCCGUGUUCUAACUGCUCCAAGGUUGAAAGUGGGAAACGGGGAAGAUUUAAUUCCAAGAAAUGCACGGUGGACCUUUAAUAAUAAGAAAUUUGCUGAGCCUGCCAGAAUUGAAAACUGGGCGGUGGUAAACUUUUCAGCUCGUUGUGACAUUCGCGGUUUAUGUAGAGAUUUAUGUAGAGUUGGAGAAAUGAAAGGGAUUAUGAUAAGUCCCCCAGAGCAUGUUUUUGAAGAGAAUCCUCAAUUUCGACAUGCACCACCUCCUAUUCGAGUGGAGAAGAUGUUUGAACAAAUACAGCCAAGAUUCCCUGAUAAUCCUCCUCGAUUUCUUCUGUCUAUUUUUCCUGAUAGGAAGAAUUCUGACAUAUAUGGUCCAUGGAAAAGGAAGAAUCUGGCAGAAUUUGGAAUUUUCAAUCAAUGCCUUUGUUCACCUAAUAGACUCAGUGAGAUGUAUGUUACGAAUGUUCUCAUGAAGAUAAAUGCCAAGCUUGGUGGUUUAAAUACUUUCUUGGCUGUUGAACAAUCACGAAACGUCCCUUUCGUUUCAAAGGUUCCUACAAUAAUUUUUGGUAUGGAUGUUUCACAUGGUUCUCCUGGACAAUCUGAUGUGCCAUCUAUUGCUGCGGUGGUAAGUUCUAGGAAUUGGCCACUACUAUCUCGUUAUAGAGCUUCUGUUCAUAGUCAGUCACCAAAGGUUGAGAUGAUUGAUUCCCUUUUUAAACCAGAGGGAAAAGAUGAUGAUGGAAUAAUCAGGGAGUUGCUGCUGGACUUCUAUAGGAGUUCUGGUCAGACAAAGCCGGCUCAGAUAAUCAUAUUCAGGGAUGGAGUCAGUGAGUCACAGUUUAAUCAAGUCCUCAACAUCGAGUUAAAUCAAAUCAUUGAGGCUUGCAAGUUCCUUGAUGAAAGUUGGUCGCCUAAGUUCACUGUGAUUGUAGCACAAAAGAAUCACCACACUAAAUUCUUCCAAUUACGAUCUGCAGAAAAUGUCCCUCCAGGAACUGUUGUAGAUAAUGGUGUUUGCCACCCACAAAGCAAUGAUUUCUACAUGUGUGCCCACGCAGGGAUGAUUGGGACAACCAGGCCAACACAUUACCAUGUUCUGUUAGAUGAAAUUGGCUUUUCAGCUGAUGAUCUACAAGAACUCAUUCAUUCUCUAUCCUAUGUGUAUCAGAGAAGCACAAGUGCAGUAUCUGUAGUUGCUCCUGUUCGUUAUGCUCAUUUGGCAGCAACUCAAAUAAGGCUAUUCAUGAAGUUUGAAGACAUGUCCGAGACUUCUUCAAGCCAUGGAGGCCUGACUACUUCAGGGCCUACCCCUGUGCCCGAGCUACCAGUGCUGCACCAGAAAGUGCGCAGUUCUAUGUUUUUCUGCUGAGAAAACUUGAUGGGAUUUUCUAAACCUAUUCUUAUCAGGAAUUAUGCUGCAUAUAGGCUGCCAUCAACUAUAUUGCUUGCCUAUCUAUAAUUAUGUAGUGUUAGCGGGUAUAUAAGGAUAAAGUAGUUUUUGGAAGGUAUGUUGAUGUUUUAAGUAGUUCUUGGCAUGUGGGAGUAAGGCGACCUUAUUGUUUUGUUAGAAGGUAGAACCUCUUGUAUAUCAUCUGCUGCUUAACAUGAAAUGUAUGAACUGGAAACCUACAUGGUUUCUUUUGCUGA